CCCCCGACCCGACGGCAGCUGCAGCGCGGCUCGCAGGGCCCGGAUGGACGCCGGGCGCGGCGGGGAGUGACGACGACGCCCGCUUCGGGCCGGAGCCGCGGGCCAGUGCCUCCCUCGGGUGACGCCAUGGAGCGUGUCUUGCUGUGCAUCCUGGCGCUCUGCACCUUGGCCCGAGCUCAGGUGUGCCCCAAGCGUUGCAUGUGCCAGAACCUGUCGCCCUCCUUGACCAUCCUUUGCACCAAGACCGGCCUCCUCUUUGUGCCCACGGUGAUUGACCGGCGCACGGUGGAGCUGCGCCUGACCGACAACUUCAUCACCGUCAUCCGCCGCAAGGACUUCACCAACAUGACCAGCCUGGUGCUCCUCACCCUCUCGCGCAACACCAUCAGCCACAUCCUGCCGUCUGCCUUUGCCGGCUUGCGCGGCUUGCGCGCCUUGCAUCUGGACAACAAUCGCCUCGUCUCCAUUGGCGGAGACCAGCUCAGGGGACUGCCUAAUUUGCGCCACCUGAUCCUCAGCAACAACCAGCUGCAGGACAUCUCCCCGGGAGCUUUCGAUGACUUUAUUGGCACUUUGGAGGACUUGGAUCUCUCCUACAACAAUCUGGUGCAGGUUCCCUGGGACACCAUCCAGCGCCUCAGCAACGUCAACUCCCUCAACCUCGACCACAACUUGAUAGAUUACGUCCCUGAGGGGGUCUUCAGCAACCUCCUUAAACUAGCCCGUCUGGACAUGACGUCCAACAAGCUGAAAAAGAUCCCUCCAGACCCCCUCUUCCUCCGGAUCCCCGUCUACGCAAAAUCCAAGGGAUCUCCUCUUUCCUCACUCGUUCUCAGUUUUGGGGGGAACCCCCUGCACUGCAACUGCGAGCUGUUGUGGCUCCGGAGGCUCACGCGGGAGGAUGACUUGGAGACCUGUGCCUCCCCGCCGGACCUCCUGGGGAAAUAUUUCUGGACUAUCACCGAGGAAGAGUUUAUUUGUGAGCCUCCGGUCAUCACCCGCCACACGGGGCACUUGGUGGUGACGGAAGGCGAGGCGGCGGUCCUUCGCUGCCGUGGAGCCGGCGACCCGGAGCCCACCAUCCAUUGGGUGUCUCCAGAAGGCAAGGUGGUAGCCAACACUUCACGGACAAUCUUUUACGACAAUGGCACCCUCGAGAUCUUGAUUGCCACUGUCCAGGACACCGGGACCUUCACCUGUAUCGCCUCCAACGCUGCGGGAGAUGCCACCACCUCCAUAGAGCUGGUGGUCAACCCCCUGCCUCACCUGUCCAAUGGCAGCGCCCCCAAAGUACGUGACGCUGCAGGGCCUUCCGACAUCCUUACCUCGGCCAAGGCUUUCCUCCCCCCUGGUGCCAACGAAACGGCCACCUCUCAGGACAAGGGCGUGGUGGUCUCGGAAGUGUCGCCCUCCUCGGUGCUCAUCCGCUGGUACCCUCAGUGGCACAUCCCGGGCAUCCGGAUGUUCCAAAUCCAGUAUAACAGUUCCUCUGACGAUACCUUGGUGUACAGGAUGAUCCCUUCCUCCAGCAAGGCCUUCUUGGUGAAGGAUUUGGCCUCCGGACGAGACUACAACUUGUGCAUUCUGGCAGUCUACAACGACGGGGUGACCUCCCUCACGGCCACCCGGAGCCUUGGCUGCGUCCAGUUCAGUACCCCGCAGGACGCCCCACAGUGCCACUCGCUCCACACCCAGUUCCUGGGGGGCACCAUGAUCAUCAUCAUCGGGGGCAUCAUCGUGGCCUCCGUGCUGGUCUUCAUCAUCAUCCUGAUGAUCCGCUACAAGGUCUACAGCGGCCAAGAUGAGCACAAGAAAGCCAAAGUCAGCAACGUCUACUCGCAGACCAACGGGAGCCAGCCGCCCACCGCCACCGUCCUGCCCUGCUCGGCUUCCAAGCCGGAGGAGUGGGGGGUGGACCACUCUGCGGCGGGCAGGGUGAGGCGGGACUGCAGCGUUGUGGCGCUGGGCAAGGAAUGCGAGAAAGGUCCGCGGAGCCACCCCUCGGGCGGGGCCGGACGAGGUGCCGUCUCCCCACAGGAGGAGGUGGUCACGGACUAAUGUUGACCUCCAUAACAGCAGUUCCAGCACUGAAGCCUCCAGAGCAGAAGAGCAAGAUUCCCAGGUGAUGCCACCGGCUGGCGAGAGAAAGAAUGGCAGUGAAUGGACCGACCUUAAGAUCUGAGCUCGGUUCCUCCCCC